UGUUUGUAUGCGUGGAUGUAGGGCGCUGCGCUCGUCUUCACCGACCCCAUCUCUCACGUUAGCUAGCGUGCUAAUUUGAUGCGGCUAGUUGGCUAAUAUUAGCUAAUAAAAGAAAUUAGCUGAGUCUGGGCGAGACACAGAGCCGACCUUGUUAGCGCAAGUCAACCGGGAGGGUGCUAACACAACAGCAUGCCGCUCUUGUGAAUCCACACUAGGCUAAUCUGUGGUCAUUUAUGAAUUAUCUAAUUAGCUAGUGUUUAUAUAUGAGACGGCAGGCUGGCUAAUUUCCUCGGCUAUUAGCUUAGCAGCUAGAAGCCGGGGAGCUGCUCGGCUAAUUGACCCAGUUCGGUGGGGCAGAGGCCAUGUUGGCAUUCCUCUCGACUGAGUUUUGUUUACAUUGCAACUUUUUUGGCAUGCUACUCCCAGAGCACGCUAUUUUACACACAAUUCAACACGCUGAGCAAAUAUCCACUCGUUCUGUUGUGUAUUUUUAGCUGUAUUGCUGACCACUAACUUACUAAGCCUUUGAAGAGUCUUUUCUUGCUAUGCAAAUGUUAGCACUGUAGCUACAGUACAUGCUAACCUGUUGACUCCACCAGGAUACAAGGUAGGAUAGAAGUCUGACAUGGCAAAUAAAAUAUUAACCAAAGUUGGUUUUUAGCGACCUGCAUUGUUUGCAGGUUUAUUUUUGAGACACAUGGAGAAGUAGCUGUGGAAAAACUAACCUACUUUACAAUAAGAAGUGUUUGCAACAGUAGUCAUUACCACAUAAAUGUCAUCUCACAGUAAUUUAACUAUUUCCAAGGUAAAAAAUUAGGGAGCUUGCUCUUAUGUCAAAUCGAAUCUAACAGUUUAAGUACAGUAUAUUGACAAUGCACACCCCACAGUAGAAAAUCAGUGCAACAACAUUCAGUACACUUUAUUUUUGAUGUCAGAUUCAAUCUUCCCCACCAUAGAUAACACCAGCGUUGCACAAAUUUGGUGAGAUGUUCUACCUUUCUUCAGAAAAUAUAUUUUUCUUUAGCUGCUCUUUGCUGGAGGGGUUGAUUUGUUGUCUUUUUAAAACACCCCAAAGGUGUUAUAUUGGAUUCAAGUGAGGAGACAUUCUUGGCCAGGUCAUGGUUUUCACUUUAUUUCUUCUUCAGAAACUCUUGUGUGAUCGUGGCAGUGUGUUUUGGAUCGUUAUCGUUCUGGAAUACUCUUCUUCUGCCAAGCUACUGCAGGGUUGUGGAAAUGGAAUCCCUGAUGAGUGCGGUGGCUCCACGCUCCCCAGCCCCCGCCAAGAAGCUGUCGGAGGUGGACUUCCGGUCAGGGGCCACCCUGGAGCAGCUGUCGGCGCAGGUGUCCGAGCUGGUCGUACUGGAGCAGGGCGAAUUUGGAGACCAGACCGCCUUAGAGGUCCACACUGCCAAGGACUUCAUUUUCAAUAUGCUCGGCUUGGUCCAGAAGGUGGACCAGCGCCUCCCAGUGGCCAACGAGUACCUGCUGCUGUCAGGCGGGGCUCGAGAGGGCGUCCUGGACCUCAACCCGGAGGACCUGGGGGACUACGCCAAAGGGGCUGACUUUGACUUGGAUUUCACCCUGCUGGUGCCGGCGCUGAAACUCCACGACCGCAACCAGCCGGUCACCCUGGAUAUGAGGCACUCGCCGCCCUGCCACUCGUGGCUCAGCCUUCGCCUCUGCGACUCCAACAUCCUGUCCCGCUGGAGCAUCUGCUGCCAGGAGGAGAACGGCCUUCCCGCUGAGGAAGACGAGGAGGAAGAGAGGGAAAUGGGUAAAGCCUCCAUUCCCACCCUGAACUCCCCUCAGUCUCUGGAUGGGUGCUACUUCUCUCCCUCCCUGGUGACAGACUGGUUCUGGGGGGUUGUUAGCGAGGCUGUGGAGGAGCUGAGACGCAGCCCCCAGAGAGGCAUCCCAACCCCUGACCGACUGGAGAGGAACGGACCCCUCACCACCAUCAUCCUUCAGGCUGGCUCUAGCCGGGUGCUGUACGACCUGCUGCCUGUGGUGUCGUUUCGGGGCUGGCCUGCUGUGGCCCAAGGCUGGCUGACUGCCAACCACUUCUGGGAUGGUAAAAUCACAGAGGAGGAAGCCAUAUCUGGCUUCUAUCUGCUGCCCUGCUGCUCUCCGCUGGGUGGUCGGCCAGACAGAGAAUGGAGGCUGGCGUUCUCUCGCAGCGAGGUUCAGCUGAAGAAGUGCAUCCCCUUCCCCAUGGCUCAGGCUUUCCAAGCAGCCAAGGCGGUUCUGUCUCGCAUCCUGGCUCGUCCUCGUACAGGCCUCAGUCUCUACCACCUGCGUACGCUUCUCUUCUGGGCCUGUGACCGCCUCCCUGCCGCCUACCUGUCCUGCCCCGACGCCGACACCCCCGGCCGCCUCCUCCUGGGCCUCCUGGAUGACCUGGCCCAUUGCAUCCUGGGUAAAAACUGUCCAAAUUACUUCCUUCCCCAGUGCAACAUGUUGGAGCACCUGACCGACAGCCAGGCGCUGCUCGUCGCCAGGAAGCUGGCCCACGUGCGCUCGGAUCCCAGCGAGCACCUCCGGGCGGCUCUGGACCAGGCGCAGCAGGCGGGCCAGCUGAAGAAGGAGCUAACGGCUAGCACCAACGGUCACAGCUCCCCCGGGCAUCACCCAGCCAAUGGCAUCAUCUCGCCUUCGGAGGACAAGCUGGCGCAGCGGCUGCAGCAGCUGGUCACGGAGAACCCUGGGAAAUCCAUAUCCGUCUUCCUGAACCCCGAUGAUGUCACCAGGCCGCACUUCCGCAUCGACGACAAGUUUUACUGACGCGCUGCAGAGACGAUGCGGAAGCGCGUUUCUAGCCGACAAGCACACUCCAAAAAUGUUCUGAGACGUCACGUCAGAGCGUAGGGACACUAAGAAUCAGGCGGGUGUUUUCCUGAAAGUGCGCACACUCCUCUUGUUGACCCUCCUGAGGCUGAACGAAAACAAUGCAAUGACGCCUUGCUGCUCAACCGACUCUCCAAACCAAAAAAAAAACAAAAAACACGCAUUUCCUACUACUGACGAACGAUGUCCAGUUUGUCGGACGUCACAUAACAGACAUGAUGUCACCAAGCUGUUGCCACGGAGACGGCCCUCUCCUUACGAGCUGGCCUUAACGAGACUCAUCAGCUGGUGCUACAAGGACAAGGGCCGGCUUUAGUCAUGUAAAAUACGUCACAGAGAGCGUGUGUGUGUGUGUGCGCGUGCGUGUGUGUAUAUUCGCCUAAGGGUUUCACACAUUACUUACACUUCUAAAGACAGUGGGAGAAAAGCUCCUUGAUUGCUGCAUUUCUCCCCUCUUUAUUUCAGAUCAGAGUGGGCGAUGGCUGAAUUAGAAAGGAAAAACUAGGUGUGGCUGAUGUAACUGAAUGUAACGUUGUGAGGAGAACUGCCGAGUCUUUGAACAAAGAAUCUCUUUUCUCUUUCAACUACAUUUUAGCCCCCUCUCCUUUUUUUUCACACUUGCGCCUCGAUUUAUGGCGUCUUUUUCUCUUCUAUUUUUUUUUUUUUUUUUUAAAUCUUUCUCAGGUACGCACGACCUCUUUUGAUGUAUAUGAUUCCCUUUUAAAGUCUUUAACGACAUUUCACGUCGCUUGCAUUUCAUGGGGUAAUGGAAUGUACCAAAGAGCUGCGUUGGGGCAGGUUUGUAAAGAGAAAAAAAAAUGUUUUGCGCAUCCCUCAGCAUCUAAUUUUCAACCAACUUUAUGAAUCUACUACUGAGUCACGAUGAUAUUGUUAAUUUACCUUUUUUUCUUUUAAGGUCUCGGUCACACCAGCAUAUGAAGUGGAUGCAUUUAGCUGCAAAAUCCAAUUGGACCAGGGUAAAAAAUGGAUUUUAGCUUGAGGUGAAAUAAAUAGUGGAAAGCUAAUGUCAAGCUGAACUUUGAGAAGCUUUUGUAGCUCAAAAGCCGCAUUGCUCCGUUUGAUUUAACCCUCCUCUGUUGGAGUGAAAACCGCACUUAUGAUUCAGGAGUCUAUGGCAAGCUGUUUUCAACAUUUAUCACCCGAAAUUUAACGUUUGAUUUUACAUUUUGAAAGACAGAAUUUUUAUUCAAGAUACCUAGAACGAUAUUCUGACAGGUCAAAAUGACGAUAUCUCAAAUAUCAUUAUGGCCUCUCUGAAUUGUUCCUAUUAGAUCUUGGUCCAGCAAAGCAUUUGAACUGUGUUAGGUGAAGCAAUAGUGGGUAAGAUUGUUCACAGGUCUGUGUUUUGAACAGUUUGAUGUCUACAACAUCAUUCUGACUAGUCUAAACUAAAUUUAAGAAAUCCUUAUCAGGAAAAUGUAGAUAUUUAGAAUUUCAGAGAAUUAAAGAUAUCUUGAGGUGGAGUUUUGACUAGUCAGAAUUAAAUUGUACAUAUAUUAAACAGUCAGAUUUCAGUAGCAGAUAUCUGUAAUGUGAAUUGUGAAUAUCUGCAAAAGAAAACGUACACAUAAAUUGGAAAUUGGAAGAAUGACCAUGUGAAUAUCUGGAAUGUUUCGUUUGACGUGAACUUCAAUCAUAUCUGCAAUACAUAUACACAUAUAUACAUAUCCAGUCUAGCUAUUAAAUGUUGAAACAACUUGCCAUAAGAAUCAGUAGCUAAAAUUUUGAACAAACCGUGACCUUCAUGUCUCCUUGGCAACCAACCUGUAGUGUGUUAGCGGUUAGCUCACCAUCUAGCCCAGAGCUGUAACAAUUAGUUGAUUAAUUCAUUUGUUUAAUCAGAAAACUAAGUAUCAACUAUAUUUCAUAAGCAACUGAUUGCUUUAAACCCUUUUCAAACUAAAAAGUCAUAUUUUCUCUUGUUCUCUCAAAAUACGAAUUAGCACAACGUCCUGGGUUUUAGACAGUUGGUUGCAUAAAACAACUUGAAGAUGUUCCUUCAGGCUCUGAAAUAUUAUGAUUUUUCACCUUUAUAAACAAAAACACUACAUUUUAAACUAAUAAAUGACUAUUAAACCUUCCCAGUUGAUUAAUUCCAAUAAGGCAGUGACUUUCUGUAUUAAACUUUUCUAAAAAAAAAAAAAAAAAAAAAUUGUUUAAAUAUGCAGGUAAGGUCUUGUAUAUCUAAAAAAUCCCUUAAAGUGUACACAUUCCUGGACCAGAAAUCUGAACUUUGGAUGAAGCCAGCUUGAAGAUUUCAUUUUAUUGACGUGUAAGAGUCAAAGGUUUUACAGAUGGGAUGUAGGACGUCUCUGUUUAUCACUCCAUGAAUCAGAAAAUACCGUCAGCAGACGAAAAAGCUCAAUUUUUUGGACAUCUUUUUAGAAAUGAAAUGUUCUGUAAGUCAGGCUGUGAUUGAUAGAUGAACAAACCCCCUCAGCAAAAACCUUCAAAACAGUGACAGGAGAAAAAGUGGAAAGUUUGUAUGCAAGUACUACUAAAGUGGAGAUUUCUGUUUCAGAGCAGGAGAAAAACUCAUUGUGAGAAAAAACCUUUUAAAAAUGCGUAUUAAAAUUGAAAUGUACAGUCACAAAUAGACCAAGGGAAAUUAUUGAUGUUUUGACUCAUCAGAAAGAAGUCCUGAAAUAUAGAAAAUCUCAAAACUGAAAAAUGAAUUAAGAAAAAGUUUUUUGCCUGUAGUGUCUCACCUUAAAGACAAAAUGAUUAACUGAUUAGUUAGUUGCAGCCCUCUGUGGAACAUCUAGAAUCAAAUGUGUUGAGUAGAUGUGGAUUGAUUUCCCACUUUCUGGUGUGACCGAGCCUUAAAGUUAGAAAGAGGGAUGAGCAGGAUUAAAGAUUUAAAUCUGUGAAUACUAAGAGGAAAUAGUGGUUUUCUGGUAUAUUGUUGGUGUUGUUACAGCCACUGAGAAAUCUUUUUUUGAUUUACUUUCAACCUACCUGAGCAGACAUUUUGCUCCCCGAUGUUUGGAGUGUUAGAAUAGGCCCUUUAUACAGGGUUUAGAAAACCAGUGUAUGGAGUUACGUGGCAUAUCAGCUGCUCUAAGAGGUGUGGACUGAACUACAAAGCUGUACUCGGGAGCUCAAGCGCUACAAAACGACCCACAAAGUUCAGAGUACGUCUCCCUGCUUUGUUGCACAUCGUCUACGCACGUUUAUUCACUUUCAGUUGGAGAAACUUACACUUUAUCAUCUCUCGUUCGAUUUUUUUUUUUGUGCAGCUUCUGACUUGACUGAUUCCGAUAAUUGUCCCCUGCCUCCUCUGCUUGGUUGGUCUUUUUUAAUGAGCUUCAUGUGCUUGUAUAUGCGCAGCAGGACGCGCAUCGACACACAGAUGCUGUGCAUUGAAUUACGCCCCCAGCGGGCCCCAUCGACUCGCCCAGAGGGGGACGCAGGGUUAGAUGGAGGAUGGAUGGAGGUAGACGAACACUCCUCUCAUUCUUGUUGAAGACAUUUGAUUUCAGAAGAUUUUUCUUUUACUACUGGGGGGCUCCAGAGCCACAAAGAGCUCUCAAAUCUUGAUACAUUAUGUUUACACUGCUGCUGCGCCACUCAGCUGAUUUGAUUACGAGCUGCACGGCUGUCGCAGAAACAACCAGACGAGCUGCGAUUUUCUCCCUUCCAGUCACGUUAAUUUAGCGAGAGUUCCUUCUCGUUUUACUUUAAUGAAUUUGACGCUAUCUGCGAACAAACUAAUUGGUAAACUUAAGUUGGUUUACUAAAUACUACAAUGCUGCUUCCAAUGUUGAGAAACAAAAGCACACGAUCAGGGUACAGGUGGAAUGUUCAGAAAGGUGUGUGAGCGCUUCGGAGUCUUGUGUUUUCAUAUCCGGGUCUACAAAUAUCAUGUGCUUACUACUGAAUGAAUUUUUUUAUAGCGUCUGUCUGCCGUGUGUGUGUGUUUGUGAAGGCUGAGGUAAACCAAAGUGUGUUGUUGAGGCGCUACAGAAUGUCUAAGCAGGGUUGCGUAUUCGGCUGCCAGGUGUAACAGGAUUGUGUGUUUUCAGCACUUUUUCCCCUCCCAAAUGGUCCCGAUUCUUGCAACCUGAACAAGAUUACAUAAAGAAAAUCACAGCAUUUAUUUAUUGAAAUCUAAGAGGUACUUUCUCGUCGCCCUCUCAUGUUUGACUGAGUUGAAAAUGUCUCACUUUGUACCUUAACGGGCCUAGUUAGAGAUUACUAGACACUGGAAACAAUGUUUUUCCCUGAAUUGUACACAUGAAAUGUUUCGUGGAGAGUUAUCAGAUCUUGUAUUUUGCGAUAGUGUCUAGAUAUGCAAUCAAGCCCCCCCCAAUAUGGAAAAGGCCUGUCGUCUAAUUGUACUCCAGUGUAGAUUUACUGUCGUGGUAAAAGGAGGGGAGCUCACUAUCUGCUGUCCAGGGAGUGCAUGAAGCACAGAUGACACUCCCAAACAUCAAUUCUGUGCUUUUCUGUUUGCUUUCAUUAGUUUAAAUUUUCGGUCACUUUUGAUGCUUCUGUUGUGACUAAAUAUGAUGAAUGUAUCCACCUUAUCUCUCCAAUCGGUUCCCUACUUGAAAACACGGUCGAAUCUGACAUUUCACUGCUAUCUUCCCAGAUGUACUCUGCUCUGCGCUGAGAUAAACAUCUGUACUGAAUCACUCCACAGUUUUGAGAAACUGAGUUUCAUAUUUCUUUGAUUACUUCAGUGCGAAUUACUUUCUCUCUGCGACGACUUGAUUUGCUGUAUUUAUUACUGUUUAUUUUAAGGGGGUUUACAUUGAUCGAUCUUCAAGCUUUAGCAUGAAAUAAAUCACUCCAUUUGAAAUCCG